AAUUUGGAGUACAUAGUUAAUUAACUGCAGCAACCUCCAUUCCGGCUAAAGUUUUACCAUUGCUGCACUGUGCGUUAAGUAACAUUUCGCACAUCGGCUUUGGCGGCACGCCUGAGAAUUUUAAAACUUCAUUCGAAUUCCGUCUUUUUUUUGGCGCGGAGACGCUGACUAGAUCAUAGCUGGAGUUUCGCCAAGGUUUUCUCGAUUGCUCAUGAAUGGCGUCCGGCUCUCCUCCUUCGCGCAUCGACCAGUUUUAUGCUUCAAAGAAAAGGAAACCUCUUACUCCCAGUCUGAAGUCUGGGAGUUACGACAAGGAUGGAAAAAGGUCACUUGAAGGGUCGCCUGGUACCAAAGGUACGUUGGACAAUUACCUGGUGACCUCACAGGACCUUGGCAACGAUAACCCAUCACAUUCAGUUCGGGAAAACUUGUCUGGGCAAGACCCAGUAAAGCGAAACCUAUUGUUGAAAAUUAAUAACUCCUCUAGAAAUGAACAUGAGGAACCCACUUUGUCGAGAGGACACACUUCUGAAGCAACUGAAGGAAUCAAGAAAAGAACUCUGGAAGACUCAUACGAGAACAGAAGUUCAGCAGUCAAAUCUAUGGCAAGUGAUUGGGGUGUCACACCGUGCAUGGAGAAACCAGAGCUUAAACAGUUUGCAGCUGAUUUCUUGUCUCUGUACUGCAGCAGUGAACUACAGACGACUGUUAGUUCGCCAGUAGAGCAAAAGGUAACUUUUAAGAGGCAUUCCAGUCCAUCUCUACUAGAGGGGGAGGCUAAAUUACCGAAGAAGUUGCAUUUGAUGGCGGGUCCAUCAAAUGCCAAAGGUGAAACCAAUUCCUCAAGUGCAUUGAGUGAUGGAAACAAGCAGUCCAAUUUUUUGGUAGAAACUGGGGAUACUGACAAUCACCAUCCUGUUGCGCUUAAGGCAUGCCUGCAGAAAUGCAAUAAAGCACCUAUAUCACCUUAUUGUUUGACUGAAUGCAGAACACCAGGCUUGUCGACUGCCAAUGCAUGUUUUCGUGAGACGCCCAAGUCUGGAAGCUCGUCAUUUUCUCCUGGAGAAGCUUUUUGGAAAGAAGCAAUUGUGUUUGCAGAUGGUUUAUGUGCUCCUAGCAUUGACCUUACCAGUUACGAUGCUGAAGGAUCUAAUCCUGUAGAGGGCCAGAGUAAUACGAAGAAACUCCUAUUACCAGGGGAACCCACUCAGAAAAGGUUAAAAGGGCAGAUUGGUGGAGGUAGUGGUGGAGUCCGGCUUGGGGAACCUGGUGCUUCCAUAGUUUCGCUGAGGAGUGAUUUGAAAGAGUUAAAUAGAGAAGUGUCUUCACUUCCUGUUAAGCAUUUUGACUUCUCGGCUGAUGAUAAAAACUUGGUUGAAAGUACAUCACCUUCUUGUGCUUCAAAUGAAUCUAAAGUUCAUGCAUAUGAACUUAAUGAGCAGUCUGAUUGUCGUUAUACAACUCAUGACAGUCCACCAAAGCAUAAUGAAAAGAUCUGUGACAGAGAUUCUCUUACAAAAGAGAAGAUACAUGAAACGAAAGUAACUUCGUCUGUUCCAAUAGGGACUGAAGCAAAAUUAAAUAUAUUUAGUCCCUCUGAUAGUAUCACAUCAGACACAGUGGUUCAUGAACUUAGGGCUUCUACUGUUCAGGAUUUUAAAGAGGGAAUGACACCUUCAAGUUCAAUAAGACAUAAAGAUUGGCUGGAUCUAAGUUACUGGCUGCCUCGUGAAAUUUGCAGCAUUUAUAAAGAGAAAGGAAUCACAAAACUGCAUCCUUGGCAGGUUGAAUGUCUUAAUGUAGAUGGUGUCUUGCAGAGAAGAAAUCUUGUUUAUUGCGCAUCGACCAGUGCUGGAAAAAGUUUUGUUGCUGAGAUUUUAAUGUUAAGGCGGGUAAUUUCAACUGGAAAGAUGGCACUUCUUGUACUUCCAUAUGUAUCAAUUUGUGUAGAAAAGGCCGCGCAUCUUGAUGUUCUUCUUGAACCUCUGGAUAAGCAUGUGCGUAGUUAUUAUGGAAAUCAAGGUGGUGGAACGCUUCCCAAGGAUACUUCUGUGGCUGUUUGCACAAUUGAGAAGGCAAACUCUUUGAUAAACAGAUUGUUGGAAGAGGGUCGUUUGUCAGAAAUUGGAAUUAUUGUGAUAGAUGAAUUGCACAUGGUUGGGGAUCAGACGAGGGGUUAUCUUUUGGAACUAUUGUUGACAAAACUUCGUUAUGCUGGUGGUGAAGGUAAUUCAGAUUCUAGCAGUGGUGAGAGUUCUGGGACAAGCAGUGGCAAGUCAGACCCUGCUCAUGGUAUUCAAAUAGUUGGCAUGAGUGCAACCAUGCCAAACGUGGCAGCUGUUGCAGAUUGGCUUCAGGCAGCCUUGUACCAUACUGAUUUUCGACCUGUUCCUCUAGAGGAGUACAUUAAAGUUGGGAAUACCAUUUAUAAUAAAAGUUUGGACAUUGUUAGAACAAUCUCAAAAACAGCUAAUCUUGGCGGUAAGGAUCCAGAUCACAUUGUAGAAUUAUGUAAUGAGGUAGUUGACGAGGGUCACUCAGUAUUGAUCUUUUGCUGUAGUCGGAAAGGAUGUGAAUCAACAGCAAAACACGUGUCAAAAUUCCUCAAGAAGUUUUCUGUCAAACUUCAUAAUGAGAACAGUGAGUUUGCAGACAUUUCUUCGGCAAUUGAUGCGCUGCGAAGAUGUCCUGCUGGGCUGGAUCCUAUAUUAGAGGAAACCUUUCCAUCUGGCGUUGCCUACCACCAUGCUGGCCUUACUGUAGAGGAAAGGGAGAUUGUUGAAACAUGCUACCGAAAGGGUCUUUUGCGUGUUUUAACUGCUACAUCUACCUUAGCUGCUGGAGUUAACCUGCCAGCUCGAAGGGUCAUUUUCCGACAACCCAGGAUUGGACGAGACUUUAUUGAUGGUACAAGGUACAAGCAGAUGGCUGGUAGGGCUGGCCGUACUGGUAUUGAUACCAAGGGGGAAAGUGUACUCAUCUGCAGACCAGAAGAGAUUAAGAGAAUUAAUGAACUUCUUAAUGAGAGCUGUCCACCACUGCAAUCAUGUUUGUCUGAAGAUAAGAAUGGAAUGACUCAUGCAAUUUUAGAAGUUGUGGCUGGUGGGAUUGUUCAAACUGCUACUGAUAUUCACCGAUAUGUAAGAUGUACUCUUCUGAAUUCUACAAAACCAUUUCAAGACGUGGUUAAAUCAGCACAGGAAUCUCUUCGGUGGUUAUGCCAUGGAAAAUUUCUUGAAUGGAACGGAGAUACCAAGUUGUAUAGUACCACGCCUCUUGGACGUGCAUCAUUUGGAAGCUCUCUUAGUCCAGAAGAAUCACUAAUUGUGUUGGAUGAUCUUUCAAGGGCCAGAGAAGGAUUUGUGCUUGCAUCUGAUCUGCAUUUGGUGUACCUAGUCACGCCGAUCAAUGUUGAUGUUGAGCCAGAUUGGGAGUUAUAUUAUGAACGGUUUAUGGGCCUGUCUUCUCUUGACCAGUCUGUUGGGAAUCGAGUUGGAGUUACAGAACCAUUUUUGAUGCAUAUGGCACAUGGUGCACCAGUUCGACGUGCAAACUUAUCACGAAAUGGUGUCAAGGGUUUACAUACAAAGCGUGAUGAACAUGGGUGUAUGUAUGGUGACAGACCUUCAGAGGAGCAAACUAUUCGAGUGUGUAAACGGUUUUAUGUGGCUCUCAUCUUGUCAAGACUUGUUCAGGAAACUCCCAUUCCUGAAGUUUGUGAAGCUUUUAAAGUUGCCAGAGGGAUGGUUCAAGCAUUACAAGAGAGUGCCGGAAGGUUUGCAUCUAUGGUCUCCGUAUUUUGUGAGAGACUUGGAUGGCAUGAUCUGGAAGGUUUGGUAGCCAAGUUCCAAAAUCGUGUAUCAUUUGGAGUUAGAGCAGAGAUUGUAGAACUUACUAGUAUUCCAUUCGUUAAGGGUUCUCGUGCCAGAGCAUUCUACAAAGCUGGUUUGCGGACACCUUUAGCAAUUGCAGAAGCCUCUGAUGCUGAAAUAGUUAAAGCUCUUUUUGAGUCUGCAUCAUGGACUGCAGAAGAGAGUACAGCACAAAAACGGAUGCAUGUUGGAAUAGCAAGGAAGAUUAAGCUUGGUGCUCGUAAAGUUGUCCUGGACAAAGCUGAAGAGGCAAGGAUUGCUGCAUUCUCGGCUUUUAAAUCAUUGGGGUUUAUUGUGCCACAAAUUUCUCGUCCCUUGUCAGCAAGUGCAGUUGGAAAUAUAAGAGCACAAGUGGCUGCAAUUGUUCCCUCUGAAAUUGAUACUUUUAACAGAGUUGUUAGCACAACACAAAUGGAGCAUGUUUCAACUAAGUCUUGUGUUGGAGGAACUUCCAGUUCUGAAAAAAUAGGUGGAAAGAACCUGAGUGAAACAGGAGCAAUUUCUGUUGAAGCAAAACGGCCCACGUUUGGUGUUGAAAAUACAAUGGUGAAGGUUGAAGGGUCAGCAAUCCAGGAGGCAAACAGUGUUGUUGACUGUGCAAGAAAGGUAGAUGUUGUAAUCGCUAAUCAAGUGGAAAAAAUUAAUGAUAAAGAUGCUCAGAGGGAACAGUGUAGUAUUAAAGUUUUGCAUCCUCCCAAAAGAGACGGUCUUUCUAUGAAAGGUCCUAUCCAUGCAGUUAGUACAUCUGGCGGAUUUGAAUCUUUCUUGGACUUGUGGGGUGCUACCCAAGCAUUUUAUUUUGAUCUUUAUUACACCAAACGAUCUGAAGUGAACUCUGUUGUCCCCUUUGAAUUACAUGGAAUAGCUAUCUGUUGGGAAAAUUCUCCGGUCUAUUAUUUGAACCUCCCAAAGGAUUUGUUGUGGCCCAAGACUGGAAAAGGUUGUUAUCCGGAUGACAGCACACCUGGUGACCAGUUAGAUGUUUCGCAAUAUGAACAUUGGUUUGAGAUAUUAGAAAAGAGAUGGAAAAAGAUCAAUGAAAUUUUUGUGAAAGAGAAUGUCAGAAAGUUUGCGUGGAAUUUGAAAGUUCAGAUUCAGGUACUUAAAUGUCCAGGAGUUUCUGUCCAGAAAUUGGGUUUAUUGAAUUCUGCUCGACGUAAUAUGGAUCAUAAACUUGUAGACGGUUCAUACCUACUGCUAUCCAGUGUUCACAUCAGCAAUGGAAUUGAUAUGUGCAUUGUAGCUUGGAUUCUUUGGCCAGAUGACGAGAGAAAUUCAACCUCUAACCUAGAGAAGGAAGUCAAGAAAAGAUUAUCUAGUGAAGCUGCUGCUGCUGCUAACCGAAGUGGCCAAUGGAAGAAUCAGAUGAGAAGAGUAGCCCAUAAUGGUUGCUGUCGGCGUGCUGCACAGACACGAGCUCUAUGUUCCGUUCUCUGGAAGUUAAUAAUUUCUGAAGAGCUCUUGGAAGCUCUCAACAAAAUAGAGAUUCCAUUGGUAAGUAUUCUUGCUGAUAUGGAAACCUGGGGUAUAGGUGUUGACAUGGAGGGAUGCAUUCGGGCCCGUAAUUUACUGGGGAAAAAACUCAGGUGCCUUGAGAAGGAAGCUUAUAGGCUAUCUGGCAUGACCUUCUCCCUGUACGCAGCAGCAGAUAUUGCUAAUGUUCUAUAUGGACAUUUGAAGCUCUCUAUUCCAGAGAGGUUCAACAAAGGCAAACAACAUCCAAGUACUGACAAGCAAUGUUUGGACUUGCUGAGGAACGAACACCCUAUUGUUCCAGUCAUUAAAGAGCACCGGACAUUGGCGAAGCUUUUUAACUGUACUUUGGGAUCCAUUUGCUCACUAGCCAAGCUCUCUGCAAGGACACAGAAAUACACGCUACAUGGACAUUGGCUCCAAACAUCCACAGCAACUGGUCGGCUUUCCAUGGAGGAGCCUAACCUUCAGUGUGUUGAGCAUGCGGUAGAUUUCAAAAUGAAUGAAGAUGAUGUUGAUCAUUGUAAAAUAAAUGCUCGUGAUUUUUUCAUCUCUACUCAGGAAAAUUGGCUGCUCUUAUCGGCAGAUUAUUCUCAGAUAGAGUUGCGGCUGAUGGCACAUUUUUCAAAAGACCCCUCACUGAUUGAACUUCUCAGCAAGCCUCAUGGAGAUGUGUUUACCAUGAUUGCUGCUAGAUGGACAGGGAAGACAGAAGACUCCAUUGGAUCUCAUGAGCGAGAUCAGACCAAAAGGUUGGUAUAUGGAAUCCUUUAUGGAAUGGGCGCCAAAUCACUUGCAUUACAACUGGAAUGUAGUAGAGAUGAGGCUGUGGAGAAAAUUCAAAGUUUUAAAAGUUCUUUCCCUGGCGUGGCUUCCUGGCUUCAUGAGGCGGUUGCAUUUUGCCGUCAGAAGGGGUAUGUUGAAACUCUUAAAGGAAGAAGACGCUUCUUGUCAAAAAUUAACUCUACCAAUAGCAAAGAAAAAUCAAAAGCACAGAGACAAGCUGUGAAUUCAAUUUGCCAGGGUUCAGCGGCUGACAUAAUCAAAUUGGCUAUGAUCAACCUUUACUCCGUAAUCAGAUCCGAUGCUCCAGAUCUUACAGAGUCACCUGCAGCUAACAAUAAUAUAUUGAGGGGUCAUUGUCGAAUUGUAUUACAGGUGCAUGAUGAGUUAGUGCUGGAAGUGGACCCUUCCGUCGUUAAGGAGGCAGCAGCUUUGUUACAGAAGAGCAUGGAAAAUGCUGCCUCCCUUCUGGUUCCUUUGCAAGUCAAACUGAAAGUUGGACGAACAUGGGGUUCUUUGGAGCCAUUCUUGCUUGAUCACUUCAAGAUUGAUGACCUUGUAACUGGAUCUUGACCACGCAAAGGAAUUUCCAGAUAAAUGGACCAAGUCUGAUUGAACUUAAAGGGUUUCAGAUUCUCCAGCAGAAUGCUUUGUGGAAGCAAUAGAAGACCUGGUCUCAAGAAGGAAAAGUGCUUGCCAUGAUUCUGAGACCUUUUAUCCAAUGCUUCAAUCCACAGUUUCUUUUAGUCAGCAGCCACCAAAACAACCGAUCAAUUCACUGAAAAAUCUGUUGUAUGGUUGCAAAGUAAACGGAUAGUCUGCCUUCGACACACGAUCGAGUUAACACCUCACAUCGUUCUUCUGCCGCUGUUGCCUUUCCUUGAAGUCAUCUUUCAGCUUCUGAGUUACUUGAGUUGAUUUGUCGGUCGAGGGAAGAAGCAUUGUUCCUACCAUCUUCUAAUGAUAUCCUGCCCAUUUGAGACUGUAUUGGUAAUAUCCUCUCCACACAGCGGUAAGAAUUAUGCAAACAACAUACGCAAAGAGGAGCUGCUAUAGAGUGACAGCAAGAACCCGGGGGCACCAUACUUUGUAAGGUACACAUAUCUAUCUUUCGAAGAAACAGCCGCAUUUGGUUCCUCAUUUGAUUUGAAUGGUUCACUUUUACCAUUUCCAGUACCUGCUCAGUCAGUCAUUCUCAUGUCGUUGCUGCCAAAUUUUUGGCAUCCUUGUUCGCCAUGGUAUGCAGUUUGCCCACCAUUUCCAUAAACUUAUAAAUUCAAAAUGGAAACGUUUCGCUGUUGCAUUUGGAGAUGAGUUUUUUCAGUGAACUCCAAUGCCUGUCUCUCUCUGCCCCCUUUGAGUUCUCUUCCUUUUGGCACCCUUUUUUCUUUUGUUUCAAAUUGUACAUAUUCAUAGUGUUCCUUUUCAAUUAUUUAAUAACUUCUCAUUCUUGUAAUGUGCCUUUUUGUUAAUCAUUGAGCUAUUAAUGCA